GCGGGGUCUAUUAAUUUUAGAUUUCUAUGCUUUUACUUUGUUGGGUGGGUGUGAAUUGAGGUAAAUAAGGGUAGAUGAAGCGAUACCUGGGAUAAUAAAAUCGAAGCAGAAGCCGCAAUUUAGCUUUAGGACAAUAAUUUGUACCGCCCUUCGAAGUCAGCGAAACGGUGAGCAUCUAAUGUUAGGAGGUGUAUAAGGGAGGAUUGUGACUGGCCUUUUUGGAGAAGGAAAACAACAUGGCUGCGGUGGAGCUAGAGUGGAUCCCAGAGUCACUAUAUAACACCGCGAUAUCGGUCGUGGUGGACAAUUACAUUCGUUCAAAGAAGGACAUACGGUCGCUCCCAGAAAACAUACAGUUCGAUGUUUACUACAAGCUUUACCAGCAGGGCAGGCUCUGCCAACUGGGAGGGGAGUUUUGUGACCUGGAGGUGUUUGCUAAAGUUCUUCGGGCUUCAGACAAAAGGCACCUCCUACACCACUGUUUCCAAGCCUUAAUGGACCAUGGGGUGAAAGUUGCCUCAGUGCUGGCCAACUCUUUCAGCCGCCGCUGCUCCUACAUUGAAGAUUCUCACACUCAUGUCAAAGAGAAGGCGAUCCAAUUCGGCUUUGUGCUCGGGGGGUUCUUGUCUGAUGCUGGCUGGUAUGGAGAUGCUGAGAAAGUGUUUCUUUCCUGCUUGCAGCUCUGUGCUCUCCACAUUGAGGUGCUACAUUGUUACAGGGCUGUGGAAUGUUGUGUCAGGAUUCUUCAUGUGCGCAAUGGCAAUUGUAAGUACCACUUGGCAGAAGAGACCUUCAAGCUUGCGCAGUCUCAUAUGGAAAAAUUAGCCAAACAUGGCCAUGAGGCCAACAAGGCAGCACUGUAUGGAGAGUUUUGUGCCUUGCUUUUUGCCAAAAGUCAUUAUGAUGAGGCAUACAGAUGGUGUGUAGAGGCCAUGAAGGAAAUUACUCCAGAGCUGCCAGUGAAAGUAGUCAUUGAUGUCCUUCGCCAGGCUUCCAAGUGUGUUAAAUGUAUCAAUCUACUGCAGGCCUGUGUGGUGAAGAGAGAAUUCAGAAAAGCAGAACAGCUGAUUAAACAUGGUGUGUUUCUAGCAAGAGAACACUUUGGGCUCAAGCAUCCUAAAUACUCUGACACGCUGCUGGAUUAUGGGUUUUACUUAUUAAAUGUAGACAACAUAUGCCAGUCAGUUGCUAUUUACCAGACGGCAUUGGACAUCAGACAGUCUGUAUUUGGAGGAAAAAACAUCCAUGUUGCCACAGCUCAUGAAGACCUGGCCUAUUCCUCCUAUGUUCACCAGUACAGCUCUGGAAAAUUCGAUAAUGCUCUAUUCCAUGCAGAACGUGCCAUCGACAUCAUUACUCAUAUUCUACCUGAGGAUCAUCUGCUCCUGGCCUCCUCCAAGAGAGUCAAAGCCCUGAUCUUGGAGGAAAUUGCUAUUGAUUGCCACAAUAAGGAGACAGAAGAGCGCCUACUGCAGGAGGCUCAUGAUCUGCACUUGUCCUCAUUGCAGCUGGCAAAGAAGGCCUUCGGAGAGUUCAACGUCCAGACAGCCAAACAUUAUGGCAACCUAGGACGACUCUAUCAGUCCAUGCGAAAGUUUAAGGAAGCAGAGGAGAUGCACAUCAAAGCCAUCCAGAUUAAGGAGCAGCUUUUGGGCCAUGAGGACUAUGAGGUGGCACUAUCUGUGGGUCACCUCGCCUCCCUUUACAACUACGACAUGAACGCCUAUGAAGAUGCAGAGAGGCUCUACCUGCGCUCCAUUUCUAUCGGAAAGAAGCUGUUUGGAGAGGGAUACAGUGGGUUGGAGUACGAUUACAGGGGCCUGAUCAAACUCUACAACUCUGUGGGUAACUUUGAGAAGGUAUUUGAAUACCACAAUAUACUAUCCAACUGGAAUCGCCUGAGGGACCGACAAUUUGCUGUGGCAGAUGCCCUCGAGGAUGUCAACACUACGCCCCUACUGACCCAGGAAGUGGUUCAUGCGUUCUUGUUUGUUCAAAGCUUACCCAACCAAACACCAAAUCCAGCCUUUCCUUGGGUGACAUAGUAGGAGAUCAAAACACGCAUGGGAUUACGAUCAGUGAGAACACAAAAUUGUGAUUUAUGUGACUGCUUGGUCGCAAGCGUUAUUCAACUGUUAUUCAUUCUGAUGGUUAUGUCACUGCAGUUGCCUGCACAUGAACAGACAAUAAAUAGAUUCAUGGGAUGGAGAGGAGAAACAUCUCAAUGCAACCAUCAAAAUCCACCUGUAGUCUGAAUCUUUUUGCAUCUUAACCUCACAGAGCAGAUUGAGUAAAAUACCCUCAGAACCCUGAAUGAAUUGUUCUCAGAAAGCGUGGAUGGAAACUGUUGAGAAAAUGGAUUUUAGUUUCCAAAACCAGGUUUGUCACAUCUGUAAGGGCCAAUCAAAACACAAGUAAAUGGUGCUGAAGUGUAGUCUACAAUAUGCUUGAUUGACAUCCAGCCAAUGCUGUGAAUAUGUACUUUUAUCAAUAAAUGCUUCCAGUGCUGUUUUUGUAGUCUUCUCUUAAGAAGAAAUGUCACUUUCAUUCAAAUUAGCAGCUAUGCACUUGGACAAAAUUGUUGGCAGCCCUCUGUUAUUGAAAGAAAAACCCACAGUGUUCACAUAACUUGAAUCUGGCAAAAGUAAUAAUACAUUUAAAAAAUUGUGAACAUUAACCAAUGAAAAUCAGACAUUGCUUUUGAAUUGUGGUUCAACAAAAUAAUUUAAAAACAAAUUAUGGUAAACCUUAAUAUUUUAUUGCACAACUUUUAAGGGAAUCAAUCAUCAAAUGAUUUUUGAAACUUUCAAUUCGACUUGCAGGUAUUUUGUCUUACUCUUCAUGAGCAAACUGCUCCAGUUGUCGCAGGUUUGAAGGGUGCUUUCUCCAUUCAGAAUGUGUCAGCUCCUUCUACAUGUUAAAUAAGACUUCAAUCUCAUAGAAGGGCACUUUCUGUCCAAUUUCUGUCAAUAUGGUGUGCUGCAUUGGUGUACAUUGAGGAAAAAAAUGAACUUAAAUGAUUUUAGCAAAUGGUUGCAAUUAACAAAGAGUGAAAAAUGGAAGGGGGUUUGAAUACUUUCCGUACCCACUGUAGAUAGAGCUGAUGUGCCUUGCCAAAAGGUUUUUUUUUGUCUCACCUGUCCCGAGGACAUUCUCCCAAAAGCUUUGUGGCUUGACAACAAGCAGUUUGGCAAAUAUCAGUCUUGCUUUUUUAUGAUUUAUUUUCAACAGUGGUGUCCUCCUUGGUUGUCUCCCAUCGAGUCCACUUUGGCUUAAAGGACACAUGGAUGGUGUGAUCUGACAGUGAUGUAACUUGACCUUGGAGUUCACCCAUAAUUUCUUUGGAGCUUGUUCUGGGCUCUUUUGUUACCAUUCGUAUUAUCCGUCUCUUCAAUUUGUUAUUAAUUUUCUUCAUGCAGCCACGUCCGGGGAGGUUGGCCCACAGUCCUGUGGAUCUUACAUUUCUGAAUGAUAUGUGCAACUGUAGUCACAGGAACAUCAAGCUGCUUGGAGAUGGUCUUAUAGCCUUUACCUUGAACGUGCUUGUCUAUAAUUUUCUUUCUGGUCUCCUGAGAAAACUCUCCUUCGAUUUCUCUGGUCCAUGUUUGUGGUUCAAACCACAUCAGCGAACAGCACAUUGAUUACUCGUCACCCUUUAAAUAGGCCGACGGACUGAUUACAAGUUUGAAGACACCUGUGAUGCUAAUUAGAGGACACGCCUUGUUUGAACAUGUCCCUGUGGUCAAAUGAUUUUCAAUCUUUUGUAGGGGUAUCAUAAUUUUUGUCCAGGCCUGUUUCAUGAGUUUGUUUUUUGAAAUUCUGUUGAACUACAAUUCAAAAGUAAUGUCUGAUUUGGAUUGGUUAAUUUUCAUUAUUUUGUAUUUAUUAUUAUUUUUGUCAGGUUUAAGUUAUGUGACCACUGUGAAUUUUUUUUUCAUUAACAGAAGGAUACCAAAAAUUCUGUCCACAUGUUUACUGCAUCUCAUCUUGAUGGUGGACAACAUGUCUUAUUAGCAUGCACCUUCUCACUUUCUGCACAUUAAACCUUAAACUGAUUGUGUUGAUCCCAUUCACAGUCAUAUCAGUUCAAAAUUGUGCCAAGUGGAUGUCCAUUUGGAAGAUAAAUAUGCCUGUACUCUCAUACAGUAAUGCCACAGUCUUACAAGAUUAGUUUCAACCAGGGUUGGAGUUACCUGGGAGCCAAGCCUCCACGAAACAUACCUGAGCUCCCGUAAUUGCAGUCAGUUCAUCAAUGUGUGGAGGAAUUUUAUGAAUGGUCAAAAUGUAUUAUUUUAUUGAAAGUAUUGCAUUUUCUCAUGUAAAACCGCAACUUGUGGAUUACAACAUUGGCAGCACUGAAUUUUAAAGCUACCAAUUACAUUACAUCAUUACAUAGAUUCUUAGUUUGUCUUUUAAGACUGUGUUCCCCAACCUUCUUUGCACUGUGGACCGGUUAGGAGGCAGCAUUUUUCUCACGGACCGGCUGUGGUGGCGUGAAUAAACACACGCAUAUAUAUAUAUAAUAUAUAUAAUAUAUACACACACACACGUUUGCGCUUUGUCCUUUGUGGUGCGUCCACUGUGGGUGCGAUGCAGGAGUGGGGGUCAGAAUUACUGUCGGCAGCCAGACCAGACUGCAGUUCCCUAGCUCCUCGAUCAUAAUAAUAAUAAUAAGAGUAGACUUUGAACUCCGUAAAAGUAGUUCUGCCUGUGUCGAGCAGCAACCUACGACUGUAUCUGUAUCAGAGCGGACUUGGUGUGUGAGAGUUAACUGUUGCGAUAAACCCUAUUUUAAGUAGGACUCCUGAUAUAGUGUUGUUUCAUUCGCAAAUGUUUCGUUCAAAAGAACAAAUCUUUUCAGUAAACGUAAUGAACUGAAUUAGUUUAUGAAAUGAUUUCAUUCUUUGAGCUCUCCCGCCGUUAGUCAGCCCGCUCGUACCGGAAACAGAAGCGUUGGAGCCGGCUGAGACCGGAAACGGAAGCGUUCUGUGCAGUCUGAGACGCGCAGCUGGUGCGGUGGAGAAGAUCCGUUAAAUUUUCAAAAUAAAACACAUUGACACGUGAAUUGCAAUACAACAGAAAUGAUAUAAAUUGGUCAUAGUUUCUCUGCGGCCCGGUAACAAAUGCCUCACGGCCCGGUACCGGUCCGCGGACCGGUGGUUGGGGACAACGGUUUUAAGAGACUGAGAGACUUCUUGUUUAUUCAUUUGUUUUUUUUACAUCUGACUUGAACAUUAUGAGCUCAAAGGACCGUGACUGAAGCCUAAUGUCACUUUGGUCCAUUCUAUUUGCAGUAAAACAAAAGUUUUAGCUGGAUGAAUCUCUUGUGUUAUGUUUUGAGUACCGCGCCGUCAUAUUUUUUUUGCAGAGAUAGUCUUACAGUAUGUGUUUGUGUCCUCACGAUAAAAGUCAAACCCUGGUUUCAACCCACACUUUUGCACACACGAGAUGGACUUUUUUUUUUUCCCUUCUCCACAAUAUAUGAAGAACUUCUAAAAUGUGGAUGAGCCAUUUAGUAUAUUGUUACACACACAAACACAUACACAUACACAGGCAACUCUGUUGUUUCCCCAGCCAGGCCCAUAAAAUCAAUCAAUUUCAAAAAUUAAGAAAUGUACUGUAAAUGAAGAUCUUUUGUUAGCGGAUGCAUUCAUUCCAAAGGAACACGUCUUAAAAAGUAGGAAGAUGCUACAUGUACAGUCUCAUGAUAACGCUGUGAAACACAUCAAUAUUUUGGUUUGAGUUUAAACUAUCUGUGGAUCAGGAUAUGCAGAAUUCUGGACGCUGACAUGUUCAUUGAUCAGUGCCAGCUUUCACGAGUUUGCUGUUGUCAGUCUUUACAGAACUAUUCUUAAAAGUGCUAAAUAAAUACUAAUGCCUUCAAGAGAACGACCCUGGGGAGUUUGUGUGUGUGUGUGUGCGUGUGCGCCCCUGUCUGUCAAUUUUCUACCUGUUAAUUUUGUUCAGGGUCAUGGGUGAGUAGACCUCCUAGUAGAUUUGGGGCAAGAGGAGGGGUACACUGGAUUGCUUGCCAGUCAACACACAAACAGCCUUUCUUCUCAACUGUGUCCUGUCAAAUUUCUCAUUAAAGCAAAAUCAUGUUUGCCUAUA